CCUGCACAUGCGCAAACAGGAACUAUCGAUGGGUGCAUUUCCUUUUCUUUUGUAGGCCUGCGUACUUGCAAAGAAAAAGGCCAGGUUCUCAACGGCCAGUUUUAGAAACCUCGUAGAUUUGUGCACCGGAUUCGCGGUAGGUGAAACGGAGUUUCUAGACAGCAAUGUUUUUUGCUGCGGUGUUGCAUUGUUCGCUCUGAUUUCUACCUAGGCAUCCCGGAAUUGCUCGGAACAUUGCGGCUGAAAUACACAAUUAGAAGAAAAACAAAUUGACUUUUUACCCCCGUUCCUCUUUGUUUGAACGGUAUUGGGGUGCUAACACACGGAGCUGCGCAAGCAAAUACAAGAAUUUUCUCUGCUGUCCAGAAAGUUAAUUUAUUGAACUGGUUGAUUUUUUUCCGGACUGCGACCUUAAUUGUUAAUGGAGUAGCUACAGAGCACAGCAAAGAGGCACGAAGAAAUCACCCACCCGGGGUCUGCUGUAAUACACCUCAUCGCAUCCCGGGAUUACCACAAAAGAGGACGAUUUCGGUGUAAAGUAAUACAGGAGGAUCUCUCUCUAUAUACUUGUGUCCCUCCAUGUGGGAUGUUGGUCUGUCCAGAUUAUAUACCAGCUUUCUGAGUCUCUCUGAUGUUAUCAGGUGAUCUGUGACUGAAGUGUGAGGGGAAACUAACUUCUAGAUCUGUCUCACAAUGUCUGGAAUGCAGACAGCAUGGCCAUCUGGCACAGAGUGUGUAGCCAAGUAUAACUUUUUGGGAGAGGCAGAGCAGGACCUGCCAUUUAGCAAAGGAGAUGUGCUGACCAUCAUUGAAGUCACCAAGGAUCCAAACUGGUACAAAGCAAAAAAUAAUGGAGGAAGAGAAGGGAUCAUUCCAGCUAACUAUGUUCAGAAAAGAGAAGGAGUGAAGUCUGGCAGCAAACUUAGCCUUAUGCCGUGGUUCCAUGGAAAGAUUACACGGGAGCAGGCAGAGCGGCUACUUUAUCCUCCUGAAACCGGACUGUAUCUAGUCAGAGAAAGCACCAAUUAUCCUGGCGACUACACACUGUGUGUGAGUUGUGAGGGAAAGGUAGAACAUUAUCGGAUAAUCUACCACAAUGGCAAACUCACUAUUGAUGAGGAAGAGUUCUUCGAUAAUCUCAUGCAGCUGGUUGAGCAUUACACCAAAGACGCAGAUGGAUUGUGUACGCGACUGAUUAAGCCAAAACUAAUGGAAGGGACAGUGGCUGCCCAAGAUGAAUUCUCCAGGAGUGGCUGGGCCCUCAAUUUAAAAGAACUGAGAUUUUUACAGUCCAUUGGAAAAGGAGAAUUUGGAGAUGUGAUGCUUGGUGACUACAGGGGGAACAAAGUAGCUGUAAAAUGCAUUAAAAAUGAUGCUACAGCCCAGGCUUUCCUUGCAGAGGCCUCCGUUAUGACGCAGCUACGACAUAACAACCUUGUUCAACUGUUAGGAGUAAUAGUGGAAGAGAAGGGGGGUCUAUUCAUUGUAACAGAAUACAUGGCCAAGGGCAGCCUUGUGGAUUAUCUGCGGUCAAGAGGAAGGUCUGUGUUAACAGCAGACUGUUUACUGCAAUUUUCCCUGAAUGUCUGUGAAGCAAUGGAAUACCUUGAGGCAAAUAAUUUUGUCCACAGAGACUUAGCAGCUCGUAAUGUCUUAGUUUCUGAUGAUAAUGUUGCCAAAGUGAGUGACUUUGGACUAACCAAAGAGGCCUCUUCCACCCAAGACACUGGAAAGCUACCUGUUAAAUGGACAUCCCCAGAAGCCUUGCGAGAAAAGAAAUUUUCAACAAAGUCUGAUGUGUGGAGCUAUGGAAUUCUUCUAUGGGAAAUCUAUUCCUUUGGGCGAGUGCCUUACCCUAGAAUUCCCCUGAAGGAUGUGGUUCCACGGGUAGAGAAAGGGUACAAAAUGGAUGCACCAGACGGAUGUCCACCUGCAGUGUAUGAUGUAAUGAAACAGUGUUGGACCCUGGAUCCUGUGGCCCGGCCCUCUUUCAGGAUAUUGAGGGAAAAGCUGCAGCAUAUCCGAGCAAAGGAGCUGUAUCGCUGAGUCUGGUCUGGAAUCCAGCUUGUGGAAGAGCAAAGAGUGAAGCUGCCUUCAGUAGACUGAGUUUGAGGGGAGGGAGCAGAUGUGCCAGAGCAUGAACAAAAGCAAUCCCUCUGGCGUCAUUGCAGUGACAGAGCAACCUCCGUCUCUUCUCUGCAUAUCUGUUUUUUUGGGGGGGAGGGGGGUAACUGAUUGGUGUAGGCCUUUUUCAGCACCUUACGCAAAGGUGUGUUGUUUCUAGAAAAUAUACAGGAAUUCCCCUUUAAUUGUCAUGUAUAUGAAAAUAAGAAAAAGACAGCUACUGCAUGCUUCAUUCCCUACUUUGCCAAAGUCUUUGUGGUCUAUUUGCUCUUUGCCAAAGUGCCUCCGAACCACAUCGACCCCACUUUGGCCUUGCUUUUGUUUCUGUCCAUUUGCCCUAUGGCUGAUUUUUUUAUGUUACAUUUUUCCUUUAUUUUUUUACUUCCUUGCCUCCCUUCCUCAACGACUGGUGUUUGAUCACUUAUAAACAAAAAAGAAAAAAAAUUACCAACAUGUAUUGUGACCAGUCUUUUUACUAUCAAAUAAAAUAUACCAUGGGAAUAUACAGUCAUUCUGUAAAGAAUUUGAGAUUUGUUUUAUAUAAAAAUUUAAAAAAAGUUUAAAGUGUUAUGUGUUAAACUGGGAUGUUUUGCAUGCCAUGUGGGAGGUCUUCAGUUACUGUCAGUGAGAUUCUUGUUUGUUUUAUGAUAUAAAGACUAUAAAUAAACCAUUCCAUCAGAAGACUGA